AGAAGAAGAAGAAGAAGAAGAAGAAGAAGAAGAAGAAGAAGAAGAAGAAGAAGAAGAAGAAGAAGAAGACUCUCGAAAGAACUUCGGACCAAUCAUCGGAAAGAUAUCGUUUGCGGUGCCCGAAUUUGCGCAUGCGUAGCGCGUGUGCUCCUUUGCGCGGGAGAGACAGGCUAAUGAAGUGAAAACCCCAACAGAGCAUUCAGAAAGGAUUUCAGGAUUUCAUCUGGAUGUAAGCUAGCUCGUUAACAAACUGUAAACUGUCUUUUGACUUUGCAUUUACUUUGAUGGUGCAACUGCAGUUUAUUAAACAGUGCCGUUAAUGUAGAUGUUUUGACGAUGUUAUUCUCGGCAGGGCAUAAAGUCAAGACUCAGAGUAACUGCUACUACUGAUCCACGGCACAGAUAAAACACCCCAUCCCUCAUCUUGCCAACUAAAGUGCCAUGGCCAGACUGUUGAAAUGACAGAUUGUGUCUUCAAUGUCGCUUCUCUAAAGUGAACACAAUGGAAGAAGACUUCAGCCAGUCGCUGACCCCGCCGGUGUCACCCUUCGUAGGGGAAAGCCAGUGUGAGCUGACCCCAGCCCUGCCACCCUGUUUCUCCUGUGCGUCUGACCCGGGUCGGGAAGACACCCAGCCACUGUCAUCUGACAGUUAUAUUGGCAGGGGCUCCCUGAAACGGCUGCUGUUGCGUCUGGCCCCAGCCCCUGCAGACUAUGAGGAGGACACAGUGGAUAUCUUUGGCUUCCCAUGGGUGACCGAGACUGCUCUGGUGGAAUCUACCAAACUUUUGUUCGGCCUGUUCAGGCAAAAGCUUCUUAAACUAGAGACCCUGGUGCAGUCCAGCUCUCAUGACUUUGGCCAAGCCAGCAGCCUCCAUUAUGAGGCAGAAGACCUUAGGCAACAGUGUGUGCUGUUUCUCCAAUAUGUCAAAGUCUUCCUAUACAGGUACCUGGAGCCCACCUGUCCCCUGGAGGAGGGCCCCUGUCACCCCUAUGAGGAGCUGGAGGCUCAGCUACCCUCUGCUCUGCUGGAGGAGCUCUUUGGGGUCACCCUCCUCAUAGGGCGCCUCAAAGACCUGCCGGCCAACAUCCAGAGUGCCCUCACCAUACAGCACCAGGGCAAGCUGUUUCCUCCCUCCUGGCAUUUGUUACACCUCCACCUGGACAUCCACUGGUCAGUGUUGGAGAUUCUCCACUUGCUGGGGCAGAGGAUGCAAGGUCAGGUGGUGUACGCCCACCAGUUUGUGAACCUGACAGGGGAGAACCUGACCAACAACAGCCUGUUUGAGGAGCAUCUUUGCAACCUGCUCUCUGACCUCACUGGCCUGGCCAUGGGCAAAUACAGCAAGGUAAGGCCUACUGAGGCCCUGACCAGCCAUCACUACCACUGCACCUGCACCAAAGAGCUGUGGAUACUACUUAUACACUUACUGGAACACAGGAGCAAAGUGUUACACACACAGUCUUUCUGGAACUACAUGAACACACUGCUGCGGUCUCUGAUCAGUGGCCAGCCUGUAGCAGAGCAGUACAGUGGGCUCCCUACACACUGUAAAGACCCUCUGGGCUUCACAUGGUGGCUUGUCACUCACUUGGCUGAGCUGGGACAAUACAGCCGCAACGGGGCCUUCCAAAAUGAAAAACAGCUGGAGGACAACUGGAGUUUUGUGGGUGAGCUGCUCAAGUCCACCUGUAACCCUAAGGGAGCGCUACAGGAGGAUCAGAUCAGAAUGCACGUCCACUGCUGCCUGAGUCUGUCACUGCUAUGGGAACCUAACAGUAGCACUGUCACCACACUCUGGGAGUACUACAGCAAAAACCUGAGCGGUUCGUUCACAGUGCCCUGGUUAGGGGUGUCGGGGCUCGGCAGCGUGAGCAGAACCCCCCUGGCCCUGUUGGACCAGGCCCGGAGCUGCUGCUCCCCCUCCCCCCUUCACUCCCCCGGCCACACCCAGCUGUACCGCUCAGCCAACUCCUUUCACAUCUUCCUCAGAGUGCUGGCUCUCUACCUGGCCCAGGAGAACGCAGGCUGUGCCCCCUGGAGGCAGAUCAAGGGCAGGGUGUACUCCAAGUUCCACCAGCGGCGGAUGCAGGAACUAUCCGAGGCUGGGCUAAUGAACUUCCUGCUGCUGUUCGUUGUGGUGGCCCGGCAGGCCGAGCUGGAGGAUGUAGCCUGCCGGGCCUGUGAGCUGCUGGGCCUGCUCCCUCCGGACUCCCCCCCUGCCCAGCGGAGCCUGGUAUGGAGGGGCCAGCUGGCUCUCUUACUGCUCUUCCAGGAGAGAGGUCUUGACGUGGGGGCCCAAGCUAGCUGGCUGGCCUCCUCCUUCUCUCAGACAGCCAGGGAGUUCUACCUGAAGACCACGGAACCGUCUCGCCGCCUGGCCCUCUGGGGCCCCCUGGGGUCCUACCUGGAGGGCGUGGCCGAGGUGUUUGAGACGAGCGUGAGUCUCGGCCUGUCGGAGGAGAGGCUACUCAACGAGGGGUUCGGUCUGCUGCUGCCCGCUUGCCGCCAGUCAGAGCUGAGCUCCGCCCUGGGCUUUCUGCAGAUCGUGCUGAGGGAGCUACGGAGGGUCCAUCAGCGCAAUGUCCAGCCUGGCCACUCAGCAUGCCCCCCCGGUGCCUGGCCGCCUCCUCCCAAUGCCAGCGUGGGUAAAGAGCGCCACCUAGCGGUGGCAGCAGCUCUCUGGGCCCACUUUUUCCCCUUCCUCUGCAGCCUGCGCCUUUCCAACACCCCUCAUGCCCAGCUGGCUGACGCUGCCGCAGGUUUUACUCUGCUGGCCUUUGACUUUCCUAGCUCUGCCCCCCAAGACCUCCAGCCCAACCCCAUCCAGUCCAUCAUGCAGUGCUUCGGCUGGGACGACAUGCUGCACCCCCUGCUAGUCACUCGCUACCUGCCCCACCUGCUCCAGAACAGCGAGCUGGUGUAUUCAGUGAGUUACGGCUGUGGAGGUUCCGUGUCAGGCUCAGCCCAGACUCUGUCUGUGAGAGCCUGGUUCCGCUGUGUUCUGCAGCAGCACAUCCACAAAAACCCAGACGGCACCGACAGCAGAGCAGGCAGGGCUCUGGAGGAGCAGUUGUCAGAGCUCACUAGGCUCGUAUUGAGGCUCCCUGAGGUGGACUCCCUACUGCAGAGGGCUGGGCUGCAGCCUGGAGCCGGCAGCAAGCUAGAGCCCAGGCCUGCUCUGGAGAUGUUCAUCAAGGCUGUGGGGCGUGUGUACAGUGGGCUGCAGGUGUUGUCUGAGCGUUCUGUCAUGGUCGCCCGUGCUCUGGACUACACAGGGGACAUCAUGAAGUAUAUCAAACCCUACCUGGUCAAUAAGAGUCCUCAGGAGGGGCUGCUGCUGGCCUACUGGGCUGUGGGGUGCGUGGUGAAGCACUGGAGUCCCCUACUGGCCACCUCCAAGGCCCAGCAGCUGCUGUUCAACAUUGUCAACGGGCUGCUCCUCCCUAACUCUCUGUCCGGGUUGGACAAGGCCUUGAGGGACAGCCUGCCCCUCUACCUGCAGGGUCUGUCUAUAGCAGCCAGUAUGUCUCAGUCUCAGGGAGCCUACCUGAAGAAGCAGCUCCGUGAUGUCAUCUCCAAGUACCUGGACCACUUCCUGCCUGCCACGCCAUCGGUUGGGGCCGUAGCCAAUCACCCGGUGCUGCUGGCGGCCUGCGAAUCCACGCCCACCCCAUGUGGGGCAGCGCUGAGAAGGAGCAUCCUGCAGGUGAUCAGUGAGAACUUCCUGCAGUUCAAAGUCCACGCCCCUCCUCCCCGCCUGGCCACGGUCCUGGCCUUCCUAUUAGAGCUGCUGAGACGGAACAAUGACAGUGACCCCACCCUACUCACCAUGCCCCUCCCCUCUCUGCUCCGCUGCCUGAAGCUGGUCAACGAGCCUCAUGUGAGGAGGACCAGUACAGAGGCCCUGCAGCUGGUGGUGGAGAGAUGUUCAGCCGCCGCAGGGGAUGCACCAUGUAACCAGACCGUCACUGUUCUACGGUCCUUUGUGGAGGAGAAUGAGGGGGUGUAUGACAGACAGGUGUACAGUGUUCUGGAGACGAUAGCGGUUCUGGACAGUCAUGUGGUCCAGGUUCUGAUCCCUGUUCUGUCGCUGAGUCUGAGAAAUACAGAGCACAAGAGAGGACUGGGCAAGAACACCACACUGAGGAAUGCAUACAGGAAUUUGCUGACCCUGCUUGGGGACGGUGGUCAGGCGGAGAUCAUCAGCCUGGAGGAAGACUGACCCUUGACCCCAGGACCAGGUCACCAUGCUGUUGACCACAACACCACUGGGCUUGAAAUUAAUGUAUAUACAUGUACAUAAUGUAUAUAAAUUGUCCUGUUGGAGUUAUACAGAUCAUAAUUUAUGAUCAAGUUUCCAUCUUCACAUUGAAAUAUUUUUCAAAAAGGUGUUAAGAAAUUAAAUAAUGUGCUGGGAAAAAAAUUUGGAAGUGCAUGUGUUGUAUUUCAGUUUCCUAAUUUCACAGGCUUGGGAAGAGUGUGCGAUGCAUAUAGAUAGAACAAAAUAUUAUACAUUUAACUAUUUAUAUGGUGUGAUAGUAACUACUGAUAGUAGACAAACAUUAUCUCUGUGUGCUAAUGCACUCUUGUGUUGGCCCAACUUUACAGGCAGAACCACCUCCUUUCCUGACACUGUAUCCCUCAUCAGAGUCCGAAAGAUUACUUCUGCUUUUCCCAUUCCCUUUUUCCUUUGCAAUCAGGCUUCAUUUCGGCAGUCAUCAUUUCACGCCUGGUCCAACUUGAGGUGUCAUAAAAAAAUGCACCCCCCUCCCCAAUGUAACACAUAUUUUCACAUGACCCUCCCCUUGUACUGUAGUUAUUUUUUGGCAUACUCUCCCCCUCAUAGAAUUAACUCAAAAUAAUGUUAACAACCACAAAUAAAAAUAACUAUAGCGACCAUGUGUUUAUAAAUGUG